UUCGGCAGAAGCCAGGCAUUGAACGGAAUCGACAAGGCCCUCACAGGGGAAACAUCCUUCACCCUCCCAGAUCCUCAAGGCCUGAAUCUCUGAUCUUUUCAGAUUUUGUAUUUAUCUUGCUCACUCUACCCUAUCUUGAGCAGCAUGAACAUAUAGUACUGCUCCACUCCGUCUGCUACACUCGCUCCUCCCUUACCAUGGCGUCCGACUUCGUUGGCUACACCAUCUUGGUCACGCUACAGAAUCCUCCGCAUGCUCAAAUCCAGGGUGUAGUGGCAGAUGUCGUCAAUCAAAAGCUGUUCCUGCAGAAUGUACUUUUGUGGAAUGGCCAGCGACUCCCCUCAUACGCCAUUGACUCCUCCGCUAUAGCAGACCUCGAAGUGUCCCCUUCACAACCAUCCACGGUCGAAGAGGAGGAAUUGCCUACACCAGUCGCCGCUGCCGAACACCAGAAGACCACAUUCCCCCCAGUCCUUCAACAGCAGCACAAUGUGCCCGCGUUUGUCGACCCCGCCAUCAUCAGCUACGCGAAACCGCCCGCCAAACUUGCAGCAAUGCCAGCAGUUAUCCAGCAGCCGCAGCCAGUGUCCCCGAUCAUGAUCGCCGAUGGAAUAGUGAGCAACCCGUCGGCGCGCUUGCCGCGCAACGGCAAUGUGGGGAAUAGCUCAGUGUCCAGCAUCGCGACGGCUGUUCCCAAAAAGACGGAGAAAAGAAAUACACCCGCCAGUGCGACUCUGACGGAGCCGUUUGACGCAUUAAGUCUUGGGGACAAUGUUGCGGUUGCUAAACCCGCGCCAGAGGUCGCCAGCGAAAAGAAGGCUCAAUAUAUACCAUCACAAACUGGUCCAGGCAUCAUCGACAUGAAAGAUGUCAAUCACGGCCCGCUCAAGGGUCAGAAGAAGGCAGGAAAAGGCAAGGGCUGGCGCCAGACCCCCUUCAUCGAGGAGGUACCUCGACAGCCUAGAAAGAGGGCACAGCGGGGUCGGAAAGCCGCAGAAGACAUGAAUGGUUGGGCUACAGAAGAUGCUACUGACAUCCAGGAUAUGGGCGACUUUGACUUUGAAUCAAAUCUAUCCAAGUUCGACAAGCGCCGAGUCUUUGACGACAUCCGGCAAGCAGACACCACCGCGGAAGCUGACCGGCUUGUGAGCUUCAAUCGGAAAGCUCGACCUGGGACCAACGGGGGCCGAAACCUGCACUUCACGGAAAACGUUUUGGACACGCCGGGUGGAAAGGACAAAGAUCGAUGGAAGAGUGAAGCGGGGGAAACCGAAGAUGAGUCGAUCGGGGGAGAGGGCCAUUACAGCAGCGGGCGAGGAUCCAAGAGGGCGGGCUCCCGACGGCCACUUGGUUCGAGAAAGGGCAGCGUCAUCCCUCCGCAUAUUGACCGGACAGACUCGCCGCGCCCUUUGGGCCGGAUGCAAACCUCAUCGCCGCUCAACGGAUCCGUGUCCGGCAACCGUGGCACCUUCAAACUUCUCAACAACAAGCCGUGUCAUUGUUUGUCACCGCUGCAGAUGCUUGAGAUCGAACAACUCUGCACUUCGGAACUUGGCCUCACGGAAGACAUGCUCUCGGAGAAUGCUGGACGGAGUAUAGCCAUGGCAGUGCUCAAGAUUCCCGAGGUCAGGAGUGUGGUGUUCUUAGUGGGCAAUCACAAAUCCGGUGCUAGAGCCAUCGCCGCAGCCAGGCAUUUACGCAAUCGCAGGCUUCGGGUGACCAUUGUCAUCCUCGGGGGCGAGCGUGAAGAACUGCUUCUCGAAGUUAUGAAGAAACAGCUCAGCAUUUACAAGAAGGGACAAGGGUACGUGGACCGCUGGGACGAAUAUCAGACCAAAGCCAGCGCGGGCGGCCCGACUCCUGACGUGAUUGUGGAUGCUCUGCUCGGAGUGCACGUCACGUUUGAAGAAUUACGGACGGACGACCAAGCAACAGUGCUGGAGAUGAUUCGGUGGGCCAAUCGCAGCUCCCUCGUCCUCUCUAUCGAUGUGCCGAGCGGAUUAUCUGCCACGUCGGGGUUGUUGACGGAAGUUGAUGGACAGCCGCUGGUUAUGAACAGCAAGCACAUCGUCAGUCUAGGGGCACCGAAGACCGGGUUGCUAUAUGGAAUGUCUCAUGAUGGAAUCACGGAGCCCACCUGGCAGGUCUGGGUGGCCGACAUCGGCAUCACGGCCGCGGCGUGGCAGAAGCAUGGGUCUCGAAGAAAACACGGCACCGACUUUGGCACCGAAUGGGUGGUCGCCGUCAAGUAUGUGUCGGGCUUACAAGCUUGACGCGGGUUGGUCUCAUAAGAGAGACAGCCCUUGAGACUGGGACGAGGGUCAGGGGAAGUCAUCUAUUAUCCGCAUUUAUUUGCUGCUGCUGUUGCUGCUGCUGCUGCGUUCAAGCGAUUUAUUGAACAAAAAGUCAUCCGGGAGGCAUUCGUGACAAUUGCUUUUUGCUGCGUUGGUGAAGACAGUGCUCUGUUUUGUGCUUCUGAGAGUCUCGCAGGGUAGAUUAGGGAGGGGGCAUGGUUUCUUCAAAUAGCCAUCCAUCUCUUGAGGAAAUGAAGCCCUGAUUCAAGAGCCAGC